GCUCAAACAACAUCUCGAUGGCGAACAAAAUGCACACCCAAUUCUUGUUGAGGAACAAAUUCUCGACUCUGAAACCAAAGAUAUUUUACAAAAUGAAGCAUAUACUUGGAAUCCCAACACCGAUUACGCUCGGUGCUUUUUGCACAAAGUGUCUUCAACCGUCAAAGGCGGUUUGGAAGAGCUAGGUCGAACAACUCCAUCACGGGCCAAGGAGCAAGAAGAUUUCCUCGGUGUAUUUCCCUUCUCAUCAACACUUCCGGUCAUCGCCAAAGACGAUGAAGAUGAACAGAAUGCUCCAAUCAUCAUUGAUGUCAAGGUGGAUCACCAUACUCCUGAAGAAGUGGACACCGAUCAUGACUCAGAAGGCGAAGUCAUCAUAGAUGGCGCUCCAGACUAUGAUGAAGACAAUCAUAUUCCAGAGGACGGUGUUGAAAGUACAAUUGAGAAUGUGGUUGAAAACUCCAUUGGUAGUAAAUACCACACAAGUGCUUCUCGAAAGCACGCAAAUCGUCUGAAUGGAUUGAUCAGCAAGGCCAAUUUUGUAUCUCGUCGAGUCGCUUGGUCUGCAGCUUGGAGGCGACACUUCUCACGAAUAGCAAAAAGCAUGAACCUUAAGCUUUUGCCCUUAACACCGGGUUACAACGCUACCCGUUGGAAUUCUGAAUUUGAUUCACUUAAAAGGUUGGUACAGGCGCGUAAAGUGGUCAACAAGCUUUUAGCCGACGACCUUGACCUUCUCAAGGGUAAGAAACUACAAAAGGGCAGCCAAAAGCCGCGCGGUUACUUCCACGAGGUAUUCUUCAGCCCAGACAACUGGAGUGCUCUUGAAGAGCUGACCACCGAACUUGCUCUGACAUUCAUUUAUGUACCAAGCCGUUUGUUUGAGUUCAAAUCACUGCUUGGAAAAUAG